AUGGUCGCCGCCUCCGGCCUCGCGCUGCCGCGGGUGGCCGCACCCUGCCCGGCGCGCACGCGGGGUGGCCUCCGCCCCGCCUUCCUCCGAUUCGCGCCGCCCGUGGCGCUGCCACCGCGCCAGCUCCGGUGCUGCGCGUCCACCGUCGACGAUGGCGUGGUGUCCGCAGCGGCCUCCAAGCCCCGCCUCCCCAGGGUGGUUGGUAUGGGUUCAAAGCUUGUCGGAUGUGGAUCAGCCAUCCCAACACUUAGUGUUUCAAAUGACGACCUUUCGAAAAUAGUUGAAACGUCAGAUGAAUGGAUUGCGGCUCGAACUGGGAUUCGUAACAGGCGAGUUCUUUCAGGAGAUGAAACAUUGCGGGGCCUCUCAAUACAAGCAGCUCAAAGGGCACUUGAGAUGGCCGAAGUAAAAGCUGAAGACGUUGACCUUGUUCUCCUUUGUACAUCUACUCCAGAUGAUUUGUUUGGAGGUGCCGCUCAGGUGCUGGCGGAAGUGGGGUGCACAAAUGCUUUUGGAUUUGAUAUUACAGCUGCUUGCAGUGGGUUUAUAGUUGGCUUAAUCACAGCUACUCGUUUUAUCAAAGGUGGAGGUCUUCAGAAUGUCCUAGUAGUUGGUGCCGAUGCUCUUUCAAAAUACGUGGAUUGGACAGACAGAGGUACAUGCAUCCUUUUUGGUGAUGCUGCUGGUGCUGUGUUGGUACAGGCAUGCAGCGUUGAUGAAGAUGGCUUGCUUGGUUUUUGUGUUCAAAGUGAUGGCAAUGGACAAAAGCACCUAAAUGCCAUAACGGCAAAUGACGAGUCUAUCUUGUCCAACACCAAUGGUGUUCCUGGAUUUCCGCCAAAGAAGGCAACCUACUCAUGCAUUCAAAUGAACGGAAAGGAAGUUUUUCGCUUUGCUGUCCGGUGUGUGCCACAGUCCAUCGAGAAGGCACUCCAAGAAGCUGGUUUGCCUGCCUCCAGUAUCGACUGGUUGUUGUUACAUCAAGCUAAUCAGCGGAUUAUUGAUGCUGCUGCCAGUCGAUUAGAUAUCCCAUCUGACAAGGUUAUUUCAAAUCUUGCUAACUAUGGCAAUACCAGCGCGGCAUCCAUCCCAUUAGCAUUGGAUGAGGCUGUUCGCAGUGGCAAGGUGAAGACUGGUGAUAUUAUUGCGGCAUCAGGUUUCGGCGCUGGACUUACCUGGGGUUCAGCUAUUGUCAAAUGGGGCUAA